AUGAGGCCGGCUUUAGUGUUUCUACAUACACAGUGUCUCCUGUGUGUGUUCGUCGGUGUGUGUGUGCCCGGCACAGUGGGCUCGCUACCUCACGCGCUGCCAUGGCACGUCUCCUGCCCGUCGCGGUGUGUGUGCCAGAUCAAGCCGUGGUUCUCCCCUGAUUCUGUCUACCACGAAGCUCCCACUGUGGACUGCAACGACCUGCUGUUGACCAAGCUCCCAUUACCCAUCCCACCAAACACACAUACGCUUCGCCUGCAGAGUAACCUUCUGUCUGAGCUCGACACCGCGGCGCUGCACGGACUCCCCAACCUCACCGACCUUGACCUUUCUCAAAAUCGCUUCAGCCGUGUGAGGACGAUAACUCAGAGCUCCUCUCUCCCCUCUCUGCUGUCUCUACACCUGGAGGAAAACCAUCUCAGCCGUCUCCCUGAUGCCUCCUUCUCCUCAUUGCCAACUUUGCAGGAACUCUUCCUCAGCCACAACAACUUACGCUCAAUAGCACCUGGAGCGUUCUUCGGUCUGGACUCCUUACUGCGUCUGCAUAUCAACAACAACAGGCUCACCACUGUUGACCCGCGGUGGUUCAGGGCUUUGCCUCGCCUGGAAGUUCUCAUGCUUGGGGGAAACCCUGUGGAGGUCCUGCCUGAGCAGGGUUUCCUGGCCCUGAAAUCCCUACGGAGUCUUGUUCUUGGUGGUAUGGGUCUGAGAAGCUUGGCUGAAAAAGCACUUGAAGGGCUGGAGGGCCUGGAAAGCCUCUCCUUCUACGAUAACCGGCUGACAAAGGUCCCCACUCAGGCCUUGAGGAGAGUGCCAGGACUGAAGUUCCUAGACCUCAACAAGAACCGUAUCAAACUGAUCGAGACAGGGGACUUCAGAGACAUGAUCCACCUGAAGGAGCUCGGCCUGAACAACAUGGAGGACUUGGUGUCCAUUGAGAGAGCGGCCCUGGAGCACCUUCCAGAGCUCACCAAGCUCGAGAUCACCAACAACCCGCGACUGUCCUACAUUCAUCCACAGGCUUUCCUCCAGCUGAGCAGGCUGGAGAGUCUAAUGCUCAACUCCAACUCUCUGAGUGCUCUGCACCAGCACGUCAUGCUCUCCCUCCCGAGUCUUCAGGAGGUGAGCUUACACUCCAACCCACUGCGAUGUGACUGCCUGUUUCACUGGGCCGCUGAGGAGGCCCCUCACCCUCACAUUGAAGACACGCAAGCAUACAUGCAAGCACCUCGGAUGGUGCGUUUCAUCCAACCCCAGGCCACACUGUGCUCUGAACCCCCAGAGCUGAGAGCUCGCAGAGUGAGAGAGGUGUCCUCCAGGGAGAUGUCGGCCUCAUGCCUCCCCAUGAUCCCUAGCAGCUCCCUCCCCUCUUACGUUGGGGUAAGAGAAGGAGGAAAACUGGUCUUACACUGCCGAGCUCUUGCAGAUCCACAGCCUGAACUGUACUGGGUGACUCCCUCUGGGCUGAAACUUGGUCCUGCACCUGGCCACGCAUCCAGAGGUUUAUCGGCUCCUGCUCCGUGUUACAGCCUAACAACCUCUGAGGGAUUCAACCACACGUCUGCCUCCAGCAUCUCUCCCAGCCAGACUCCAGAUGAUACUCCUUGUAACCCCUCCAAACACUACCGGCUACUGCCUGAGGGAACUCUGGAGCUGAACAAGGUCACCCACAGCGAGGCAGGAUUGUAUACCUGUGUAGCUGAGAAUGCACUUGGAGCAGAUACACGCAGUGUUACUGUGGGUGUGCAUGGCAGAGAAAAGAAAAGAAAGAGGGGGGCGGCUAUGAAGACAUAUCCACUAUUUAGAGCGGAUGCCAGGUUGGAGGUGAGGGAGGUCGGACAACACUAUGCUAUCCUGUCCUGGCAGAGCGGGCGCAAUCUCCCAUCAACUCGCCUAUCCUGGCAAGCCAUAUACUCAAACGCACACACACCUACAUACACCACACGCGUCCUGGCUGGUACACAGAGCUUCAACCUGACCCACCUGCAGGCGGAGACCUUUUACCGAGUGUGUCUACAUUUAGGGAUCAGUGAGGGAGCCAAGCAUGCCAACAGGAAAUCAAGAGAGAGCAGAAAGACUCAGUGUGUUUCAUUCAGGACAAAGGAUAUCCCAGAGCCUCAGCCCAGCUUGCAGCUAAGCCCAGAGCUGACCUCCACAGCAGUCACACUACUGAUCCUCGCACUCAUACUGCUGCUGCUGGCAGGCCAGGGCUGGGACACUGAGCCUGGCGAGGGGGCAGGAAAGCACCACGGCACCGUCCUCCAGGAAAUCAAAAGUCCCAAGGCUCUGAUCAUCAGUCAAAAGACAGAGGGCAGCAAUGAACAUCAGCCAAAGCAGAGUGAGAAAUUGCUUUUACACCAGGACUGCUGA